AUGCAUCUAAUGCUUGUGCUGCUGGGCCUUGCUGCCCUCCUGGGCACGUCUCAGGGCCGGACCGACUGCUAUGGUGAUGUAAACAGAAUUGACACCACCGGGGCUUCAUGCAAAACUGCGAAACCGGAGAGAUUAAACUACUGCGGAGUUGCAGCUUCAAAAAAGAUUGCUGAAGUGGACUUAUCAGCUAUGAAUAGAUAUAAAGCUCUCAUUAAGAAAGUUGGCCAAAAACUGUGCAUAGAACCAGCUGUGAUUGCUGGCAUUAUCUCUCGAGAAUCUCAUGCUGGCAAAGCACUGAGGAAUGGCUGGGGUGACAAUGGAAAUGGAUUUGGUCUAAUGCAGGUGGAUAAAAGAUCGCACAGACCUGUGGGAGAGUGGAAUGGAGAAAGACAUCUUACACAGGGCACACAAAUUCUUAUCUCAAUGAUAAAUCAAAUAAAGAAAAAGUUCCCACGCUGGACAAAGGAGCAACAGCUAAAAGGUGGGAUUUCUGCCUACAAUGCUGGUUCUGGAAAUGUCCGAAGCUAUGAAAGGAUGGAUAUUGGAACUACCCAUGAUGACUACGCCAACGAUGUGGUUGCACGAGCCCAGUAUUUUAAGGGACAUGGAUACUAGACUUGGGAAUCUUUUU